AUGGCUAUCACGGCAAAUCUAUUUGUGAACCAGAAGGGUACGACCACUUCGUUGAAGCAACCUAAAGAAAUUUCUUACUAUUCUAGAACACAGGAAGACGAGUUCUUAGUAGGUGAUGAUUCCAGGUUGAGUUACUAUUAUUUGCCAAAUGCUGAUUUGGAUAAAAAACUAGAUCUUUCUAGUGGGAUUAAAAAAUUUAAAGAUUGUUCGAAAAAUAUGAAGGAUAGAUGUACGUUAAAUGGGCUACUAGAUACUAUUAUGGAACAUGAAAAAUGUAAGAAUAAGAAAAUAAAAGCAGACAUUAUCACAUUUAGAGGUAUCAUAAGGAAAUUAAUAUCGUCAGCAUUUGAAACAGCUAACUUUAACCCCAUUAAUCUAAGGAUUGUCUCAUUUGACGGACAACUAUUUAUCAAAGAUAUGGCUGAUUUAAAUGAUAAAAAGGUACUAAACGCAAAGGAAAAUGAUCACAUAGAUUUAGGAUCAUAUUCUGGCUAUAAAUUUGAAACUUUGGCAACCCUGUCGCAGCCAGUUCCUUAUGUUUCUAGAGCAACCUUGGACAAAAGAUCGAAGAAGAUAUGUAAUAAUGGUGAUGAAUACGUGACAGUGGUCAAAACAGGUGUUGGUAGUGCGAAACUGGUCCUUGGUGCUGAAAUUGAUUGCGUUUUCGAUUUUAAAGAAGAUGGGAAGGAUAAUUUAAAGCAUUAUGCAGAAUUGAAAUGCACCACGCAAGUAAUAACGGCCGCUGAUGCACAUAAAUUUGAGAGAAAGAUAUUUAGAACUUGGUUACAAUGUUUUUUAGUAGGCAUUCCAAGAAUUAUUUAUGGAUUUAGGGACGAAAAUUAUGUCCUGAAAACAAUUGAAGAAUAUUCCACUGAUGAGAUUCCCAUACUUCUAAAGAACAAUAACACCAAAAUGAAUUCUAUGUGUUUAGAUGCAAUCAAGUGGUAUGGUUUGUUUACAGAAUGGUUAUUGAAAAUUAUACCAAGAGACCAACCGAAAGAGAUAAGACCAUAUAAAUUAGUCCUUGAAAAUAAUCACCUAAAACUUUCAGAAAUUGAAAGCACUGAUGAGGAAUAUGACAGCCUUGUCAAUGGAGAAAGUGUUUUAUCUAAAGAAUUUCAAGAAUGGAGAUUGUCAUUAUAG